CAAACCCAUUCUCAUACACUUACAAAAAAAAACACAAUCAUGACCGUUGAUUUAGCUUGGAAGUCUCCAAUGAUCCAUUCAUCACCGUCCGAUAAGGACUUGAAGGCUCUCAGGUUCAUUGAGGAGAUGACACGCAAUGUGGAUUUCGUUCAGAAGAAAGUCAUCAAGGAGAUACUUAGUCGAAACUCAGAGACCGAGUAUCUGAAACGGUUCGGUCUUAAGGGAUUCACUGACCGGAAAACAUUUAAGAACAAAGUUCCGGUCAUUACUUAUGAUGAUAUUAAACCGGAGAUUCAACGUAUAGCAAACGGUGACCGGUCCAUGAUUUUGUCUUCUCAUCCCAUAACCGAGUUCCUGACCAGCUCUGGUACUUCUGCUGGUGAAAGAAAGUUAAUGCCGACUAUUGAAGAAGACAUGGACCGACGUCAGCUUUUAUAUAGUCUUCAAAUGCCUGUGAUGAAUCUUUACGUGCCAGGAUUAGGCAAAGGCAAGGCUCUGCAUUUCUUGUUCGUGAAGUCGGAAUCCAAGACUCCCGGUGGAUUACCGGCGCGUCCGGUUCUCACAAGCUACUACAAAAGCGAACAUUUCAAGAGACGCCCAUACGAUCCGUACAACGUGUACACGAGCCCUAACGAAGCCAUCCUUUGUCCAGACUCGUCACAAAGCAUGUACACUCAAAUGCUUUGUGGUCUCCUCAUGCGUCACGAAGUCCUUCGUCUCGGCGCUGUCUUCGCUUCCGGUCUCCUUCGAGCCAUACGGUUCCUUCAGACCAACUGGAAAGAACUCGUCAACGAUAUCUCAACCGGAACCUUAAGCUCGAGAAUCUCUGAUCCAGCCAUUAGAGAGAGCAUGUCCAAGAUCUUGACCAAACCGGACCAAGAACUGGCUGAUUACAUAACUUCGGUUUGUUGUCAAGACAAUAACUGGGAAGGUAUUGUCACUAAGAUUUGGCCUAACACUAAGUACCUUGACGUCAUCGUUACGGGAGCCAUGGCUCAGUAUAUUCCUAUGCUCGAGUACUAUAGCGGCGGGUUACCGAUGGCUUGCACCAUGUAUGCAUCAUCAGAGAGUUACUUUGGGAUUAACCUAACACCAAUGUGUAAACCUUCUGAGGUUUCUUACACCAUUAUGCCAAACAUGGCUUACUUUGAGUUUCUCCCCCAUGAAGACACAGCUGAAAGAACCGAACUUGUGGAGCUAGCUGAUGUCGAGGUCGGGAAAGAGUAUGAGCUCGUGAUCACUACCUAUGCUGGGCUUUACCGCUAUAGAGUUGGCGAUAUUCUUCAGGUCACUGGCUUCUACAACUCCGCACCACAGUUCAAGUUUGUGAGGAGGAAAAACGUUUUACUUAGCAUUGAGUCUGAUAAAACUGAUGAAGCUGAGCUCCAAAAGGCGGUAGAGAACGCAUCGAUGUUACUUAAGGAGCAAGGAACACGUGUGAUCGAGUAUACGAGCUACGCAGAUACCAAGACCAUACCUGGCCAUUAUGUCAUCUACUGGGAGCUUCUAGUGAAAGAUCAAACCAACCCUCCAAGCGACGAGGUCAUGGCUCGGUGCUGCCUUGAAAUGGAGGAGUCGUUGAACUCUGUUUAUAGACAAAGCCGGGUUGCGGAUAAGUCCAUUGGACCACUCGAGAUACGAGUGGUGAAGAAUGGGACGUUUGAGGAGCUCAUGGACUAUGCCAUCUCGAGAGGAGCAUCUAUUAACCAGUACAAGGUGCCGAGAUGUGUGAGCUUCACGCCAAUCAUGGAGCUGCUUGACUCAAGGGUUGUAUCUACACAUUUCAGCCCUGCGUUGCCACAAUGGUCACCUGAACGACGCCGUUGAGAAGGUUUUGUAUAUUUUCUUCUGUUUUAGGGUUUGUGUCGUACAAUAAGUUCGAUCGGUGUACGGAUAUUUACCCGAUCACUGUGUUCUCCUCCUCUCUCUGCUUUGUCUGAAUUCAAGUAAUAAAUGAUCGAUUUACG